CCAAGGUCCUACACAACGCAACUCCCCAUCCCUUCUGCGGUAAUCCCUGAAUAGCAAGCCGCAUUGGUUCGUGGUCCCGUUUGUCUCCCAACGUCCUAGGGUCUACGCGCCGACUAAAGAAAUCGACAAGCCAGCCUCUUAUAUCAUCCAAUUGCUUUUGCUAGAUGCAUAACAGAUAGAAAUUGGGCCCUGGGUUCAUCAAGUCUCGUGAUACCUGAAAGGAAAGGCUUGAUGUGGUUUCCCUUCGUCGCGGCUUUCUGACGUGGCAGUGGAUUGCGAUUCCAAUAGCUCACGCGUAUCUUCGCUUCUUCGCUUUCUUCCCAGCUGUUGGCCGAUCGCUAGCUUCUUUACCAAAGUUCUAGCGGCGGCCGUUUCUGAGUCGACUGAAGUCGAUUUUAUCUGCUAACUAUCACUAUUCCCGAAUUUCAACUUACGAUCGGCGAGCACAUGGGUUUCCGACACCCGCCGAUUCCUACUGGUAGUAGUAGCAUGCAGCACAUCAGGAUGAUCAACUAUAGGUUACUACUGGCGCUUGUCGUUCUGCUGACAGCACACGCGUGGCUCGGCCAUUCCAUGGCAUGUGCGUCGUGGCUACCAUUUUCUCGCGAUCCCUCUUCUGUUCGACCCGAAGGAGCAAGAUCGAGGCUGGGAUCCUUCCCCUCCUGGACGCUAUGGAGAAUGCCUGAAAGUCUGCCGCAUCGCCAGGAGCGCCUUUGCCAGCAGGAGCUGGAGCAUCUCAGGUGGUGGUUCAAGGAAGCUCAUCGUCCAACUCAAGUCCCCGUCCUCCCAUCAGGCCACCAGGACGACCCUGUUGGUUCGGAGUCCCGCCGAAGCGCGGCCUCUGGCUUGGAAGCAAACCAAGCCAAGCAUACUGGCCCGGGAACGUUUCUAUCGGCUGGAGAUCAUUGGUCUGUACGAGGCAUGGAGGACUUGCAGAGAGGAGCGAAGCUAGAGGAAAUUGACAGAGGAAAGAAAGAAGCGCAUGGGGAAGGUUCGAGGAAGAAGGGCGAUGCAGGGAGGGAAGCUAGGGUAGCAGAUGAGGGGAACAUUUUUGAGAAUUCUCAAAAACACCCUGCAAAAUCAAGGGUUUUGCAAGAGGGCGAGGAAAGCGAGCAAGAGUAUGAUGAGAAGGAGGAGGAGGGACGGAGUUUGGAGGAGGAUGGAGACGACAGAGAUGGGAAUAGCAAACGGAUUAGCGUUACUGAUGCUCUGGGGCUCGUUUCGAACCCCCGACAGGCCCGGAUGAGAAGGAGAUUGGCUGGAAAGGUGCCUCUCAGCGCCAAGCUUGCGAACUGUGUGCCGUGCACAAGCAGGGGGAAGAAGAGAGUGCUCAUCAAAGGGAGCUGGGAUGAUGAUGAGGAGUCGAAGCUCCAGGGCGUUCUGUCAAGGCCUGGUAGUGGGAGGGAGCAGAUUGCAGGGGAGAUGACGGAAGCAGACGGGGGGAACCCUAGUUUCAGGAACGAUGGGCUUGAUUUGGAAGGUUCGAGGAAGCUUCUGCUGGCGUCAGCGCCGUGCUGUGACCCGCUGCUGUUGAGGCUGCAGGAGCAGACGGUGGCCCUGGAGAGACUCAUGGCGGAGAUUGCUGAGAAACAGGUGGAGAGCAAGAGGGUGAGCAGGGAGAAAUACGUGCUGAAUAAGAAGCUGAGCCGGGCCGACAUCAACUGGGAGGCUGCUUUUCUUGGAAACCAGACCAUGUACGAGGCACAGCAGACAGUGCAGCGGUGCAACGGGCAUGGGAUCGUGGCACGGGAGGGGACUCUAGUGUGGAAGGGCUACACAUGUGAUGCGUCUGAUGAAGCCCUGAGGCUGUACGCAGCGUAUGAUGCAAGUGGGCCGUGUCCUGACGACUGGUUCGCCACGCAGUCUCUCAUCUUCCACCACCACUGCUUCUCGCUGCCGCAGCGGAGGUGCCUCGCUCGCACCACCAACCAGACCAUAAGUCCCCUACCAUUCCCCCAGGCCCUCUUUAAUCUGAGCGCUCUCAUAGACGCAGCCCUCCUGUGGGACCGCCACGCCUGCUCCUCCUUCGCCUGCCUCAAUGCAAGGGUGGUGGGCGACUGCCGCCUCUGCUUCAACCUCACUCUGGAGAGGAACCGGUGGCGCGUGCGGUAUAGAGGAUCGCUGACUGUAGCAGAUGUGCUUAAAAUGAAGAAAGGCAGCAUCAGACUUGGCGUGGAUAUAGGAGGAGGAACGGGGAGCUUUGCUGCCCACAUGGCGCUCUACAAUGUGACCAUCCUGACGACGGCGAUGAAUGUGGAAACGGUGGUGGGGCGCAAGCAGGGAUUGCCGUACAUGGAGGCGAUUGCUCUAAGAGGGCUCAUUCCGCUGCACCUGCCCCACAAGGUAGUGUGCUUGCUGCGUAUGCUCAAUGAGGGGCGCUUCUUGUGCUAUGUGCUCGACAAUGUGACCAUCCUAACGACGGCAGUGAGCGUGGGGACGGUGGUGGGGCGCAAGCAGGGAUUGCCAUACUUGGACGCCAUCGCUCUGAGAGGGCUCACUCCCCUGUAUCUGCCACAUAAGGUGAGCCUUCUGUCUGCUGAGUACUCCUUGUGCUCUGUGCGCUCUCCUCUACAAUGUGACCAUCCUGACCUAACCACACCCCAGCAGUGAAUGUGGAAGCAGGGGCUGCCGUAUAUGGAGGCUGUUGCCUUGAGAGAGAGGGCUCAUUUCCCUUCACCUGCCACGCAAGGUUGGUGCUGUAUGGUCUAUGUUUGUUGUCUGUG